AUGGUGGGAGAUGAUUUCAACAAAGCUACGAACGACGACGAGGUUUUUCAUUCGAAAAUUCUGUUACUGCUAGCAGUAGCAUUGCGGGUGGCAGGCAGGGUUGGGAUGUCGCUUAAUAAGUUUGGCACCGAUAUGUCAAUGUUUUCAUUUCGUAUUCAUGAUACAAUGUCAAAGCUAUAA